AUGUAUCUGAAAAUGGUCUCCAUCUCUGAAGAAGAGGCAAUCAUUCACCUGUUGCCAAAAGAGGUGGUGUGUCCAGACAACGUACCCGUACCCUCGAACACGUCUCAUGCCAUUCGGUUUAGUGGUGGGAUCUACUUCGUGGAGACCUCGGAUAGGACCAGUCCAACCUUUCAAACCAUGUGUGCUGUGGAAUCUGCAGCAAGAGCCCACCCAAACGUCAAGGUUACCGUCCUGAUGAAGGGUUUAAAUGGCCGAAGCAGGCAAGAUAAAAACUUUGGCACUUCCCUCCUUAGGUGCUUUCCCAACAUCGAAUUUUUGCCCCUAGACUUCAAGAAACUCUUUAACAAUACUCCACUCAACACUUGGUACUCUAAAGCAGAAGGAAAAAAUCAAAGGGCGUUAUUAGACUAUCCAACGCUUUCUGAUGCUUGCCGCUUGGCCAUCUUGUGGAAGGCGGGCGGCAUCUAUUUGGACAUGGAUUUUAUUAUCCUUAAAAAUUUAGAAAAUAUCACUAACUCAAUGGGUAUGCAGUCCUUGUAUACUCUCAAUGGGGCUUUUCUCACAUUCCAACCGCAACACAAGUUUAUUGAGCUUUGCAUGAAAGACUUUGUUGGCAAGUACAAUUACUGGCUUUAUGGUCAUCAAGGUCCCCAACUCUUGACGCGGGUAUUUAAGAAGUGGUGUCCCAUCCACAGGCUGAGGGACAAGAAGAGCUGCCAAGGUGUCAACGUGCUUCCAAAAGAGGCUUUCUACCCUGUUGACUGGCAGGAUUGGAAAAAGUAUUUCCAGGUUAUUGACCCGACUGAGAUGGAGAAGCUCUUGAAGGACAGCUAUGGUGUUCAUUUAUGGAACAAAAAAAGCCAAGGGCACUUUCCAGAGGUGGGGUCGCUUUUGGAACAACUUCAGGUCAAGCACUGCCCUACAACCGACCGAUUAAUGAAAAUGUAUCACUAA